AUGACUGCCCUCACGGCGUGCCGACAGGUCUCCCGCUGCUGGCAGAGCUGGCUCUCCUGGCCCAGGUUCUCUCCGCAGCCCCUGCAGAUCCCUGGGGUGCCCACAUCUCGCAGCCUCGCUUCCACAGCAACCGCCAUCCGCUUCUCACCAGCCACCCGCAGCCUCUUCGAUGAGCCGCUGGGCAUCGCCGUGCAGGGCCUCAGCCCGCGGCAGCAGGUCACCCUGCGGGCGUCCCUGCGGGACGAGGCGGGCGAGCUGUUCGAAGCCCACGCCCGGUACCAGGCGGCGGAGGACGGCGAGCUGGACCUGGCCCGCUGCCCCGCGCUGCCGGGAGGCAGCUUCAGCGGCCUGGAGCCCAUGGGGCUGCUGUGGGCGCUGCAGCCCCGCAGGGCCUUCUGGCGGCUGGUGAAGAAGGACGUGCAGACCCCUUUCCUCCUGCGGCUGGAGGUGCUGGACGGCCACGGGGAUGACCCCGGGCGGCUCCUGGCCCAGGCCCAGCACGAGCGGGCGUUCCUGCGCGACGGGGUGCGCAGGGUGCCGGUGCGAGACGGGAGGAUCAGGGCAACGCUCUUCCUGCCCCCCGGACAAGCCCCCUUUCCAGGAGUCAUCAACAUAGAUGGAGUUGGAGGAGGCCUUUGUGAGCAUAGAGCCAGCUUGCUGGCCAAUCACGGCUUUGCCACACUGGCCCUGGCUUAUUACCAAUAUGAGGAUCUGAUCCAGAAGCCCACCAAACUCCAUCUGGAAUAUUUUGAAGAGGCAGUGAACUUCAUGCUGCAGCACACACAGGUAAAGGGACCAGGGAUUGGCCUGCUCGGUUACUCCAAAGGAGGUGAUCUGUCUCUCGCCAUGGCUGCCUUCCUGAAGAAUAUCACAGCAGUAGCUUCCAUUAAUGGCCCUGUGGCCAUUACAGUUUUUCCUCUCUGCUACAAAGAUAAAACUAUUCCCGCUUUGAUGUGUGAUGAAAACCUUGUGAAGGUUUAUGAUAAGAAUAUCCUUGAUUAUUCUGAUAUUGCUGAUGACCCCUUUAAAGCCCCUGGCAACCAAAGCCUGAUCCCAAUAGAGAAUGCUGAGGCACAUUUACUAUUAAUUGCUGGACAAGAUGAUCAUAUUAUCAACAGUAAGUAUUAUGUCACUGAAGCUUGCAAAUAUUUGCAGGCUCGAGGGAAGGAAAAUGUUCAGACACUCAUUUAUCCCGGAGCAGGGCACUGCAUUGACCCUCCCUUUUCCCCUUUUUAUCCAAUAGGAAACCACCCAGUUUUUCACAAACGAGCUGUCCUGGGUGGAGAGCUCACAGCUUACUCUAAGGCACAGGUUCAUGCUUGGCUACAGAUACAGGCUUUUUUCCACAAACAUUUAAAUGACAAGUGA